AUGGUGUCUAUUCCGUUGGCAUACAGUGGCGUGCUUGGAUUAACUGGCGUCAUCGCUGGUGCCGUCGGCUCGCACGGGCUGAAGGCAAAAACUGUGGAAGAGCGCAACGCCUUCGCUGUGGGCUCUCAGUACCAGCUCAUGCACAGCAUAGCAGCCCUUGGUGCCAUCGCGCUCAGCCAGACAGUACGAAGCUUGAACCCCACCGCGGCGAAGCGGCUGCACAUCGCCGCCUGGAUGUUCCUGGUCGGGACAACACUCUUCUCGGGCACCGUGUACGCGCGCGUGUUUGGUGCCCCCACGUCGAUCCGCCAGGUGGCCCCGGCGGGGGGAUAUCUCAUGAUGGGUGGCUGGGCCUGCCUCAUUGCUGCUGCCGUCGCGCUGUGA